AUGCGGUGUUGGUGGAGAGAUCGUUUCUUGAGACUGAGUGAGAAAAGUGAGGAAAAAGAGAAAAGAGAGAGACAAUUUAUUGAGAAUGGAAGCAAGCUACUAGAGAAGCUUAUUGUCUCUUGCAAUGGCAAGCCAAUUCCCAUCCGUAGCUUCUUUGCUAAAGAGCUCCGACAAGCAACCAACAACUAUAAUAAUCAUUAUGGAAUGCUUUGGUUUAAGGGCUCUCUUGAUGGACAAAUCGUUAUCGUUAGGAGACUUCCUAGCUCUAAAUUCUGGGCCGAUUUAGCCAUCAAUGAUUUAGCGAUUUCUGCACAAAUGAGUGCUCACAGUAAUGUAUUAAAACCCAUAGGGUAUUGUCUCGAGACUACAACUCCCAUUUUAGUGUAUGCAUGUGCUACCAAUGCUUUCCUUUCUGAUCGAAUUUAUGUCUCACAUGUUACUAAUCGACAACAUCAGCCCAUGGUUUGGGAGAGCAGAUUAAAGAUUGCAAGGCAGAUUGCUCAUGCAAUUUCCUAUCUCCAUACAGCCUUCCAAAGACCUGUCAUCCAUAUGGGUAUACAUAUGACAAAUAUCUUAUUAGAUGAACAUGAUGUUCCUAAAUUGUCUCACUUUUGUGAUUCAGUAUCAAUCCCUGAUGGUGAAACUGACGUGGAAGUUGAUGGCAAUUGUUUGUAUUCGAAGUUCAAAACCCCAGAGAUUAAAGCAACAGGUAAGGCAACAGAAAAAACUGAUGUGUAUUACUUUGGUAAGCUUCUUUUCGAACUUUUAACUGGAGAGGAUUCUUAUAAUAUAACCCGAUUGACAAUUGACAAAAAAUCUAGCUUAAUAGCCUACAUGCAUAACCAUGCUCAAGUUUGUUGCAUAAACGAGAUUGUGGAUCCGACAAUUUUGGCAGCAGAAGGAGGUGCUAGUUUAGAGCCACAAUUACAAGCUUUUUUGCAGCUUGCAUUGACAUGUGCAGGGGAAGAUCCACAGAGAAGGCCAACAAUGGUAGAUGUUACCAAAGAACUCAGGCGGAUUGAAAGCUUUGUACUAUGA